GAGCCAGUAAUUUUAUAUACCUUCCUAUUGAGAGCUUCUGGUGCUUGAAGCAUGAGGUUUGAAACUACAAGCAUGCAACUUUUUGUAAUAUUAUUCGUGGUUUGCCUUCUAAAAACCCAAAUCUUGGAGAGCUACGGAUGCCUCAGUGUAGAGCGCGAGGCGCUUCUCGCAUUCAAGUCCGGUGUCAUCGAUCCACUAAACUGCUUGUCUUCUUGGGAAGGCUCUGACUGCUGCAGAUGGAAGGGAGUUUGGUGCAACAAUAAGACUAGCAGAGUUGAGAAGCUCAAACUCGGAUUCCCUUGUGCAACUUCCUCAAAUAGAAGCUACAGAGGUUUUGGUGGUGAGGUCAAUCCAUCAUUGCUAUCUUUAAGCCACUUGAAGCACUUAGAUCUCAGCAUGAAUAACUUCAAUACCAGUUUCCCUAAUUUCAUCACUUCAUAUAAGAACUUGAGAUAUCUUAACCUCUCUAAUGCGGGUUUUACUGGAGCGAUACCUCCUGAACUUGGAAACUUGUCAACUCUUCGUUAUCUCGACCUUAGUUAUAUGUACAAUUACUAUAGUACUACCUCUCAUGGCAAACUAUCGUGGAUCAAAGGUCUCUCUUCUCUAAAGUACCUUGACUUGACCUCUGUGAUGCUACAAAAUGCAAAUGAUUGGUUACAAGCAGUGAACAUGCUAUCUUCAUUGCAAGUGCUUUGCUUAGUGAGGUGCGCUCUUCCGAGCAAUCCUGACCCCAUUUCCAAUUUUAACUUAACAAGUUUGAGCAUACUUGAUCUCCAACAUAGCUUCUUCAACUCCACCUUGCCCGAUUGGCUGUGGAACUUCACUAGCCUAACUUAUCUCAAUCUCAAUAAUAACGAUUUUUAUGGUCCAAUUCCUAUUGAAUUAGGCAAAUUGACUUCACUUACUUCCUUGUUUUUAGGAUUCAACAACUUGGUCGGCCCGGUACUAAAUUCAAUCCAAAACCUUUGCAAAUUAAACACUUUAAGUUUGUCCGGAUAUAAUGUUGAUAAAGAUAUAAACGAAUUUUUGUCAGAACUCUCUUGCGUCUCUCCUAAUAAUUGCCAAAUAUUGUAUUUACAUAAUACAAAUAUAAAGGGAAAUUUGUCUGGCUGGCUCGAACAUAUGACAAGUCUUAUAUAUCUCGAUGUCAGCAAUAACUUCCUCAAUGGUUCGAUACCUAUAGGGAUAAAUAAACUAUCUAAUCUAACUUUGCUUAAUCUCCGUGGAAAUUCGUUUACUGGGGUUUUACAUGAAACUCAUCUUAUGAACUUCACAAGAUUAAAGUUUAUAUCGGUGAGUAGUACAUCUCUUGAGGUGAGGGUGGAGGAUAAUUGGGUGCCUCCUUUUCAAGUGCAAGAAUUAGUUUUGAGCUCAUGUCGAUUGGGUCCACGAUUUCCAAGAUGGCUCCAAUUGCAACAAGAGAUUGAACUCUUAGAUUUGUCGGACAGCGGGAUCGCAGACACUAUUCCUUAUUGGUUUUGGAACACAUCUUCAUCUAUCGUGAUCUUACACCUUUCCAAUAACCAAAUUAGCGGCAUGUUGCCAUCUUCCUUAGAAAAUAUGACAUCAUUUAAGGUGUUAAAUUUAGGUUCUAACCAUUUACAUGGAUUCUUACCAUUUCUGUCUGAUUCUUUGAUAUGGCUUGAUUUCUCAAACAAUAUGUUUUCUGGAUCACUUCCAAGGUCUUUCUUCAGGCCAAAUCUUGCAAUCGUUCUUCUCUCGAACAACUCCAUAAGUGGUAACAUUCCAUCAUAUAUAUGCAACAUGCAAUCUUUGUCCAUACUUGACAUGUCGAACAACAAUUUAUUUGGUAAACUGCCAAAUUGCUGGAAUGGUGCAUCAAAUAGUUUGACUUUUAUAAACUUAUCCAAUAACAAGCUAUCAGGACAACUUCCAGAUUCAUUGGGCUCUGUUAGUAAUCUUGAGUUCUUGCACUUGAACAACAACACCAUAUAUGGAGAGCUUCCUUCUUCUCUACAGUAUUGCUCAUUAGUAUUCAUUGAUCUUGGGAAAAACAAGUUAUCGGGCAAGAUUCCUACGUGGCUAGGAAAGUUAACAGAGCUUACAAUACUGCGGUUGAUGUCCAAUAUGUUUGUCGGCAACAUUCCUGCAGAGCUCGGGCAACUUGAGAAUCUUCAAAUCUUAGAUCUUUCUUGGAAUAAUUUAUCAGGAUACAUACCCCAAUCAUUUGGUAAUUUCUCUGCAGUGGCUUCAACCAAGUUAGCUAAAUACACGGUUCAAACACUUUUUCUUUUGGAUUUUAGUUUUCCAACACCUAUAAUAAGAGAUGAAAGUUCAUUAGACUACCUGCUGUAUCCAAAUUCUACCAGUGAAAAAGUAUAUAUUGCAAGAAAAGGGUUGGAUCUUCAAUUUUUCAAGAACCUCUAUCUUGAGGCGAGCAUGGACCUCUCAGGUAAUAACCUUUGUGGUGUGAUUCCUGAGGAAUUAGUCGAUCUAUCAGCGCUGAGCAAUUUGAACUUAUCAAGAAAUCACUUAAAGGAAAGGAUUCCUGAUAAGAUAGGAAACUUACAAUCUUUGGAGUCUCUCGAUCUUUCUAUGAAUGAAUUAAAUGGAACCAUCCCUCAAAGUAUAACGGCCUUGACAUCUUUGAGCAGCUUAAAUUUAUCAUACAAUAACCUCUCAGGAAGGAUUCCAUCUGGAGAUCAAAUGCAGACACUGGUUGAUCCAACUAUAUAUGCCGGCAAUCCCUAUCUUUGUGGUCCCCCUAUUUCGAAGACUUGCUUUGGAAAUGAAAUAACAUAUACUCCUGAGAAGAAACAUAGUGGUGGCGUGAAGAACAUAGAAAUUUAUCUCGGCAUGGGAUUGGGAUUUUUGGUGGGGCUUUGGGCUGUUUAUGGUAUCUUGCUCUUCAAAUCUACGUGGAGAAAUACUUACUUUUUCAUGAUCGAUAAGAUGUAUUAUAGGUUUCUUGCUCGCAACUGAGAGGCGCUAAGAUUAUAUAGUAGAAGUUGAAGAAUUAUGUAUAAAUAAAUACUGGUAUAUGUAUUCUAUUGUGUGCUAGUGGAAAUGGAUUUUGAAGUU